AUGAACUCCCUCAAGGUCGCUCGUGUAGCGUUGAGAACGCGCUCCACUGCGGUGCGGACACUGCAGAAGCGCAGCUACGCCGACGUCGCCCCGGACAAGAUCAAGUUGAGCUUGGCUCUGCCGCAUCAGGCUAUCUACCGGUCCCAAGAUGUCGUCCAGGUCAACAUUCCCGCGGAGUCUGGAGAGAUGGGUAUCCUCGCUCAGCACGUGCCGUCCAUUGAGCAGUUGAAGCCGGGUUUGGUGGAGGUCAUUGAGGAGGCUGGCGGCAGCAAGCAGUUCUUCCUUUCUGGCGGCUUCGCGACCGUGCAGCCCAACUCCGUACUCAGCAUCAACGCUGUCGAAGGCUACCCGCUUGACGACUUCAGCGCGGACGCCGUAAGGAAUCAGAUCUCGGAGGCGCAGAAGAUUGCGGGUGGAAGUGGUAGCGAACAGGAUAUCGCAGAAGCGAGGAUUGAGCUUGAGGUGCUCGAGAGUCUCCAGGCAGCGAUGAAAUAGGGCGGCUAGUGCAUGUACAUAUUGUACUCUACAAUGCGAUGUUCUUGCUUUGACCCCC